CAGAAACUUUUGUUCUCCAAAUUUGUCGCCAUGUCGGAAGGUGGUAACACACCUCUUGCGGAGGAAAAAGACGAAGCAAAGAAACGUCGGAUUGAUGAUGCCAUAGCACGUUGUGAGGCCCCAAUCCAUCCAGAUUUCUUGGUGCCAAAACCAGUGGCAGAUGUGGAGCCUGGUUCUGAGCCACCCUCCAAGAAACAAAAACCCAACAGAGGUAUGAACAAGAACAAGGAGCGGCGAGAGAAUGUUGCGGCCAUGAAAAAGGUGGCAUCUCAACAGCUCUGCCCGCGCCUGGCAUAUCUCAACGAAUGUGAUGGAUCUGAUGGGGAGCCCAGGUGUUCCAAACAUCAUGACCGUGAAACUUUCAUGGAGACUAAGCUCCCUGAUAUCGCAGAAGAGUGUCCUGUGCUGAAGGCCCUUGGUGUUUGCCCUGCGGGAUUGAACUGCAGAUUCUCAGCAGGUCAUAGCACUGAGGGAAAAAAUGUGGACAAAGAUGGGGUGCCUCUCUCCAAGAACUGCUCCUGGCAUGAGAAAAUUCCGCAUAUUGGCGUGAUUCCCGGUGAAAAGAACAUCUUUGGCGAGGAGCUACGUAUCUCCCUGCGGAAGAAGAGCUACGAUUUCUCGCGUGCUGAGGAGCUGGCCAAGGCUUGGAAUUGUUGGUAUUCUCAGCGGCCCAAAGAUGCGGAGCCGGAUGACGAGCGCUACUCUGCGCCUACGGAUGCCGCCAGAUUCCUUGGCCCACUGGUCGAGAAAGAGCGACGUCGCAUUGAUCUCACCAACAAGAGGAUCUUGGCUCCGUUGACCACGGUGGGCAACCUGCCUUUCCGACGGCUCUGUGUGGAUUUGGGCUGCGAAGUGACUGUUGGUGAAAUGGCCUUAUCCAUGUCAAUUGUUGAUGGUUAUCAGAGUGAACUGGCGCUCCUGCGACGGCACGAGUCCGAAAAGAUCUUUGGGGUCCAAAUCGCAGGUGGCGAUGUGGCCAUGAUGUCCAAAGCGGCACAAUUUAUUGAUGAGAAUGUUGACUGUGAUUUCGUGGACAUCAAUUGCGGAUGUCCGCUCGAUGAGGUGCAUCGGCGAGGUGCUGGCUCGAGGCUCAUGGCGAAGGCUGGCCAUUUGGAAGGCAUAGUGAGAUGCAUGUCAGGUGUUUUGAAGACAAAAGCCCUGACAUUGAAAAUGCGCACAGCUCACAUGGAGGAUAACAGGCUGAAGGAUUUCAAUGGCCGCUAUGCUCACAACUUGGUGCCCAAGCUGGAGGGCUGGGGUGUCAGCGCCUUGGUCUUGCACGGUCGAACUGCACGACAGCGCUAUACCAAACUGGCGGAUUGGGAUUACAUCAAGGAGUGCAGUGGCCGAAGAAAGUGCCCAACUCCUUUCAUAGGAUGUGGCGAUGCCAUGAACUGGGAAGAAGUCGAACAGCAUUGUGCGACUCAUGGUGUGGACUCUGUCAUGGUGGGACGGGGUGCCCUCAUCAAACCUUGGCUCUUUACAGAGAUCAAAGAAAAGAGGCACUGGGACAUUUCCGCCAGUGAGCGAUUGGAUCUCAUUCGAGACUUCACCCGCUAUGGCCUUGAGCAUUGGGGAGCGGAUCCUCGAGGAGUUGAGACGACUCGGCGCUUUCUGUUGGAAUGGCUCUCCUUCCACUGUCGUUAUGUUCCAGUGGGACUCCUCGAGGUACAGGAGGCCAAAAUCAACUGGCGUCCGCGACCUUAUGUUGGUCGAAGUGACUUGGAAACCAAACUUGCCUCGACCAAUUCCAAGGACUGGGUCGAGAUCACAGAGAUGAUGUUGGGCAAGGUUCCAGAUGGCUUUUCCUUCGUUCCAAAGCACAAGUCCAAUGCAUACCAAGCAGAGGGUGCAGCGAGUGCAGCCACACAGGCAAAACCUGACGAAGAUGGUGCAGCUGGCUGACCCUGAGCUGGACAACUGGAAGUGGAAAUGCCAUUUGAAGCACUAAGAAAACUGUAGUAGCCUUGUCACAAACGCCAUUAAAAGGUUUGAUUUGAUGGCACGAUUUCCUGAAAUUUUUGACCCUAGGAAUAGAUUAAUGAUGACUUUAGCACUCUGCAACCAGUGUUGAGCCAACAGCUUGCUCAAGAAACCGCUGGUUAGACCCUGCCUUGCGAGCAUUUUGUUGCUAGCAUCAAAAA